AACGGUCGCUUGCUUCAGUCUGUGAGUGAAGUUUGACAUCCUUGGACGUGUCCGUGUCCGGUGCUGUGUGACCAGCUCGCAACACACACACACAAACACCGAGCCUCCCACCCCAUACUGUGUGUCUGUGCGCGUGUAUGUGUGCGUUUCUAGGCUAGUGGUGGUGCUCCUGGUCUGCAUGCGGACGGAAGGCAUGCUCGCAACAGCUCGAAACGACUGGCAGUGGCUGGUGCACGGGAAAACAGCAUAAAAACUAAAAACAUUUUAACUAACAGCAGACCAUCGGACCAGCGAGCAGCCACAACCACGCGAGCGUCACAGCAAAGGCUCGGGCACGGGAUGGGAUGGAUUCUGCCACAGUGACAAACAUGUGAUCCCCUUUUAUCAAACACCGAAGAGCGGAACAUCGCAAGCUCAUCGUCAUCCGGGCCAACACAGGGACAGGAGGACUCGCCGUGUCGCCGUCGACCUGGUCGAUGAUGAUGUAGCAGUGGCGAUGGCAUCGCAGCAACGAUAGAAGCAAACACACAGCACAAACGCGCUCCGACCGCCCCGGAACAUUCGUUAGCAUUAUCAUCAACAUCAUCGCCAGAUGUGCUCUGUGUUUGUGGGUGUGUGUGUGUUUAAGUAUCCGUGUGCGAGUGUGUGUGAGAGUGUGUGUUGGAUCCACAAGUCGACAGUCGAUCAUUUCACCUUCUCGCAAGUGAAUACGGUAGUAGAAAGAGAGAGAGAGAAAGAGCAUAAAAUCAUGCUGUGCUGUGCAUCUUGCGUUUGAUACUUGCAAACGAAUCAAAGCAACCCACGUGUGGCAAAGUGAUUGUGUGUGCAUGUAUUUGUGUUGCUAGUCUGUCUAUAAGUCUAUGCGACGGUUGAAAGGGCAUUGUUUUAAAGUGAAAUCAAAACAAAAAAGAAACGAAAUAGACGCACCCUUCGUGCGCCGUGCGAGUGGAUCAGUGAAAAGUGUAGCUGUGUAGCAAAAGGCGCACGCAAAAUUUCAACCAACCAACACACGAUGGACGGCACGAUGGCGACGACGGUCGGUAUCAAUCAGUCCGGCACCGGUGGCGUGCUGCUGCCCGAUGCCGUCCUCGACAAGCUGUACCAGAGCUACGCGCUGAAGCAGAAGCGGGUCGCGUUCGCCUGCUAUCUGAUCGCCUCGAUCCUGUUCGACGUGUGGGCCAUCGCGGUACCGCAGGGCCAGAGCGUCGAGAGCAUAGUCGUUACCAGCGUGUUCCUCACCAUCAACAUCGUCCUGGCGAUCGUGCUGCGCUUCUGCGGGCGGGGCCGUUUCCGGGGCGUCAUAUGGGAAAUUGCACCGCACCUCGCGUGGCUGCUCGCCAUUAAGCAGCUCUUCCUGCAGCUCUUUCUUAAAGGCUCGGUAACGCCCAGAGAUUCACUCGGCUGGGCGGUGCUGCUUAAUUUUUUAGUGUACGUCACCCUGCCAGUGCUGCUGAAGUACACCGGGAUACUGCUUGGGCUCGGGUCGUUCGCCACCUACGUCAAUGCCAUCAUCGGGCUGGCCAAGAAGGAAAACUAUUUUUGGGAACAGCAAGUGGCCAACAUACUGCUGCUGAUCGCUGCCACCCUCAUCGGGCUGCUAUGCUACUUUCUGGCCGAGGCAAAGCAACGGCGCGCGUUCCUGGAGGCGAAGCAGGGCCUCGAGGUGAAGAUGCUGAUCGAGGAGCAGUCAGCCGAGCAGGAGCGGCUGCUGCUUUCCGUGCUGCCCGAGCACGUCGCGGUCAAGAUGCGACAGGAUCUCGGUUCGACCAACUCGGAGCAGUUCAAGAAAAUCUACAUGAGUCGCCAUGAAAACGUCAGCAUUCUGUAUGCAGAUAUUGUCGGUUUCACGGCCAUCUCGUCCACCUAUUCGGCCCAGGAUCUGGUGAAGAUACUCAACGAGCUGUUCGCCCGCUUCGACCGUCUGGCUGAGAAAUAUCAGCAGCUGCGAAUAAAAAUUCUCGGUGACUGUUACUACUGCAUCAGCGGGGCGCCGGUCGAGCGGCCGGAUCAUGCCGUCCUCUGCGUGCACAUGGGCCUGUCGAUGGUGAAAGCGAUCAAGUACGUUCAGCAGAAGACAAACUCACCGGUGGAUAUGCGCGUCGGAAUACACACCGGGGCGGUGCUGGCCGGCAUCCUCGGCCAGCGCCAGUGGCAGUUCGACGUCUACUCGAAGGAUGUCGAGCUGGCGAACAAGAUGGAAUCGAGCGGCAAAGCAGGCCGUGUCCAUCUGUCGGAGAAAACGCUCGGCUUCCUGAACGGGGAGUUCGAAGUGGAGCCGGCCUUCGGCGAAAAGCGUGAGGAAGCGCUCCGAAUAGCGGGCCUCAAGACGUACUUCAUCACGAAAGUGCUGAAACCGUUCUGCCCGUCGGAGCACAAAAAUGGUUCAGCCGAUCCGAAGGACGUGGUCAUCGAACCGGACGGACCGUCCGAGAUCUUGCGCGAAGACGACGAUGACACAAAGCCGGCGAACGGUGCAAACGCGGGAGACGAACCAUCCACGCCUGGCACGGACGACAAAACUGAUCCACUGGAGGACGACACGCAGGCAUCCGAGGACUACAAGAUGCGCCUCCGCAAAGAGCUCGUCAGCCGGGACGGGCACAGCGAAAUCAGCAAGGAUACGACCAUCUUCCUCACGUUCAACGACAAGACGCACGAGACGGCCUACAACGAGUACCGGGAGCCGCACAGUGCGGUACCACUGCUGGCCGCCCUGCUGGUGCAGUUCGUCGCCAUCCUGUACGCUCUGCUGGUUCUGCCAAGGACGGCGGUGCACUUCGAAAUUGUGAUACCGCCACUAGUGAUCAUUUUCGUGAUGGUAUUCAUCUCCGUCGCCGAAAGCCUAACCGGGAUUCUGCCGGCAUUCAUCACUCUAAACAGCAAACGAUACAACGAUAGUACCAGCUUACGGAAGUCUACGGCCAUCAUUAUCGUCCUGCUGCUGGGCGUUUCGAACGUGAGCGACAUGCUGGCAGCGUCGCACCGGACACCACUCAGCCUGAACAUCACGAACGUGUCGUUCGCCUCGACCGAGAUGGAACCGGCGAGCGUCUGCCUGUUCCCGUCGUACUUCAGUAACUAUACCGUUUUAAUACUAAUUGCCACCUCAAUCAUAACGCAAUUAUCGCAUCUCAGCAAAAUUUUAUUAAUGAUCAUCAUAACCGCGAUCCAUUGCUACGUGAACAUCUUCCACCUGGACGAAGCGUUCCGGAACGAGGACUUUGGCAUUAUGAACGUCUUUCCGCUACGCUACACUCUGUCCGCGCUGCUGGUCGCCGUAACGAUAGCGCUUUCCUUCCUGGCCCGACACAUCGAUAAAGUAGAUCGUGUAAUAUUCAUGUGGAAGACGGAGGUGAUCGACCAGAAGGAGAAGGCGAGCGAUAUGAGGCGCCGGAACGAGGCGCUCGUCUACAACGUCCUGCCGAUGCACGUCGCGGAACACUUUAUGGGCAACCGGAAGCGCUCGCACGACGACCUGUACUCGCAGAGCUACGCCGAGGUGGGUGUCCUGUUCGCCAGCAUGCCCAACUUUUCCGACUUCUACUCGGAGGAAACGGUCAACAACCAGGGGCUGGAGUGUUUGCGCUUUCUCAACGAGGUCAUCUCCGACUUUGAUGCGCUGCUGGAGCUGCCCCAGUUUCAGGACAUCAUCAAAAUCAAAACGAUCGGCUCCACGUACAUGGCGGCGAGCGGUCUCAACCCGUCCCGCAUCGUCAAACCGGACGAUCCGGUGUCGGUCCGGUGGGCCCACCUGGCACUGCUGGUAGAGUUUGCGCUCGAGCUGAAGAAAGCGCUGCAGGGCAUCAACGAGCAGUCGUUCAACCAUUUCGUGCUGAAGAUGGGCGUCAACCAUGGGCCGAUUACGGCGGGCGUGAUUGGUGCGCGCAAACCCCACUACGACAUCUGGGGCAACACGGUAAAUGUGGCGUCGCGGAUGGAAAGCACGGGUAAGGCCGGCGCCAUCCAGGUGACGGAGGAAACCUGCCAGAUACUGCAAACCUUCGGCUACACGUUCGAGCAGCGCGGGCUCGUCGCGGUCAAGGGCAAGGGACAGCUGAUGACGUACUACCUGCAGGGGAAGGUACCGCGACCGACGGGACCGACCGCGUCGCCGAUCCUGCAGAACCUGACCGCGAUGGAGACGGUCCAGGAGGUGGACGAAUCGAAGGAAAGCCCACCGGCACUGGCACCGCCACCUGCCGAUGGAGCGUCACCAGCCCACCAGCUGCACUCCGUGUCGAGCCCGAGCACGGCCAGCCCGAACAGUGUGCGGCUGAAUCAGGAGUACGUGGAGAUGAAGGCAUCGAACGCGUCGACGGCGAUGCUGCAGGAAAGCAGCAGCAGCAUUAGCAACAACACCACCACCACCACCAGCACGAAGCUAACGGUUGUGUCGGAGAAGACGACCACCAUCUCGAGUACGAGCAGCACCAGCUCGACUACGGCGGAGACGAGCGUCAGCAAAACGGCCCAAUCGAGCGUCCGAUCUUCGAGUCUGUUCAAUGGCGGUGAGGCAACGCCGGCCGACGAGAGUGACGCCCAAACGCCAUUGCUGGAGGGUAAGAACAGUACCAACGCUAGCUCGCACCAUUUCGGCGAAGGUGAAAAGGAUGCGCUGCUCGAGAAUGGCUCCUAAAGAGGGGAAAGGGAAGAGCCCAUGAAAACCCCUUCUUUUUUUCGAUAAUCGUGUAGAAUAGUGUUUAAGCUUUAAUGUUGGAAAACGAACGAGGGUCUGAGGGUAAAUCGAGGUUGUAGGUACAGUGAUCUCAGAGAGAGAGAAUGCAGUGGUAAUCGCUUCAGCAAUUCAGUGUAGCCCGGGUACACCAACCUAUGGUACCAAAGUGUGUUGAGUUUUAUGUGUUUUGCUUUUGUGAAGAAUGCAAAGUGUUUCGUUAGGUAUGGUUAGCUAAAUCUAUUAACUAGUCAAAGCGCAUCAUUUAUUGAGAGUAUUGUUUGUUCGGAGGAGGGUGAACGUUUAGCCUAACCGCUUUUGUACGUAUUAAAACACGGAAAACUUUGUUACAAUUGCAACGUGCAUGGCUACGUGGGACUCAUUGAAAGGAUCUUGUGAAACGAACGAUUUAAAAGACUGCCAGAAACUGAUAUACAUACGUUACGUUAGUUAUGGUCUGCCCCAUCGCGAGAAGUACUUCAAUACAAUCAUUCAUUAAAUAGUUUUAUGUCCGUUUUAUAUGCUCCAAUAUAUUUCGAUUAAGUUGCUUUACUCACUAGUGGUGCUUAGUUUACUCACCUGAUACUAAUGUAAACACACACGCACACACGCAGGGCUGUGUGUGUGUGCGGAAUGCAUUCCACCGAAGAAGAAAACACCGUACGAGGCACGAGAUAUGUUAGAUUUAUUGAACAACAAAAACGCACAUUUAAAGGUUGUUUUAGGCGGAUUUUGUUUCCUUGCAGCUGUGAGUGGAGCCGUUUUACGUAACGAAAUGUGGAAAGAACAUAUCUUAUUGCAUGAAACGAAGCCGAUGAAGAGGAAAAUGUAACUGAUCAAUUCAAGAGUCAGAUAAUAGAAGAAAAAAAAAAAGAUUAUUUACUAUAAUAAUAUUUUAAAACAAACUCUUGCGUAGGAAAAAAAGCCGAUACAUUGGGUUUGGUUCGUCGCACAAAGUGAAGAAACAUUAAAAAAAGUACGUUGCGUAUGCUAUUUUUUCUGACACAAUAUGAUGAAAGCAACAAAAAAAACAGAAGUAAAAUAUUUAAAAACGAAACAAAAACAACACAAACACCAGUUUUCAAUGGAAAAAAAAUGAAAAUAUAUAACAAAUUCGAUUAGUAAAACAAACAAAAAAUUGGCAAUAAAAUUGUAGACACAGUUGUAGAGAGAAGCAUUGGCGCGCGCGCGCGACACGAGACAAGAGGAUGAGAGAAGAGAAAAGAAACAGUGUAACACUAGUAGCGUUCAUUCAAUGUGAUUAAACACGCAUCGACUCACUAAUUAUGGUGUACUCCUUUUUGCGCUUCAUACCGAGAUGGAAAAUUGUGUCUAUAAAUAUAGUGAAGAAAAAAAGUUGAAACAUUUUGCAAAAGUGAUACAGAAGAGGAAAACAUUUACAGAAAGAAAGAGAAGAAGAUAAAUAAGAAGAAGAAGAAGAAGCAAGAAAAAAGAAGAAAGAAAAAGAAGAAAAAGAAAAUAGUAAAAAACAUCAAAGAGUGAACAAAACUGUGUGUGCAUUAGAGAGAAACAACCCCAAAACAUAACUCGUUAAAGGAAAAGAAGCAAAACAAGAAAUCAUCCAUUUAGGCAACAAACCAAUUUGAUGUGUAUUAGAGAACAAAGCUUAAACAAACAAACAAACAAACAAAAAAGUCGAUACUACUACAGUAAAACAAAACUCACUACAAAAAAA